AUUUCAGUACGUCCUCCCAACUGUUCGGUCAAAUAAAUUAUUUGAAGAUUCGGCGGGGUGAGGAUAACUGUGAUUGAGUCCCUUGCUUUUAAAUUUAAGGCAUACAGUUUUUAUGGAUAUAAAUAGAUUAGUGCGCUUCCAAAAUACUGUUCAAUAUUCCCAACUUGUAUUGUCUACAGUCUUUUUCCUCGCGCCCAACGAGUUUGUUAAAUUUUGGGAAACUCUUGAAAAUGUGCGGAUUCAUUGAUAAUGUGAGUUGCUUUGACGGAAUCUUUCGGUUUAUAUUUAGUUAGUUGUUUUGCCAUAUGUGAGCCAACAAAAUUGCGAUUUAUACUUCUUUAUUCUUACUCCGAAGAUGAACUUUGUUACAAAUAUCAUAAAGAAAUAUAUACAGGCUGAUUCAUCGCAUAAAAUGGAUCCUAAACCGAAAGAGGAUAUUCUCUCCCAUGAAUCACACAACUUGAAUCCUGGAAACAGUGAACAAAAACCAGACUUUCAAGAAUCAAUUGAAGUAUUAGAGGAAACUGUUGCUGUAUAUACAGAAACCCAGCGCCAAUCUGUUGAUUCGGAACGCCAAUACAUUAACACAUAUAAUACUAGAGAAUUUUACGAAGGAUUGUCUGAUUGUUCUGUUGCAGAAGAGUCUUUUGAGAGUAAUUUUUCUAUUAAAAAUAAGAAUCUCGAGUUUAUUAUACAAACGGAUAGAAGGCCCUCAUCCUUAACAUCGCUUUGUGACCGUAUUAAUCUUCUUAAUCUUCAAGACGAGGAUUCUUUUGAAAGCAAUACUGAUGGAAAAAUUAGUGAAGAUAAUAAAUAUGAAGAUAAUGAAGAGUAUUUUCCAGCAUAUAUUAUAAAUUCUGAAGAAAGUAGUGGUGAAUUUCUACCUGCCGUGUCUACAGUUAAAUUUGAUGAAACCUCAGAAGAAACUAAUUCAACUAAAUGUGAAGACAGUGAACAACAAAUAUCUUCUAAAGGGUCGAAUAUAAAUUUAGAUGACAGUAGUGCUAAAGAUUCCUACUUGAUCAAAGACUUGAAUAUUAAAAAUUCAGAAACUAUAAAAAAAUUUGAAGAAAACGCUUCAGUAGCUGAUAACAUUAAUGAAUUAACAAAAAAAAUAGAAAGUACUGAGGAUGCAUUGACAGACCAAUCAGUAAAGGCUCCUGAACUUUUUAAAGCUGACGGUAUUAAAACAGUAGAUAGUGGUAAUCAAAUUUCAUCUGACAAAGAAUUUAGUGAUGAAAUUAAAUCAGCUGUAGAUUCCACUGGAAACAUUGAAUGUGCUUCUAAACAAAAAUUAGAUAAAACUAUUAAUAUUAAUGAAAGUGGGGAGAAACUAGUGAAAGUACAAGCUAAAAAAAAUAUUGAAGAAACUUCUCCAGGCUUAUCAAUUGAACCUGACAGUAUCAAAAUCAAUCUAAAAGAGAGUGAAGAACUUAAUUUUAUUGAAAGUGAAAAAAUCCAUGAUAUAGAGGCUGACACUACCAAAACUCCUGAAGCUUCACCUUAUAAACUUUUGAGCAUUUCUGUAAAUGUUAGUCCAAAUGAGCUUGAGAAAACCACAUCAUGUUUACUUGAAGAUGAUCUAAGCUACCAUGAUAGUUCUGGUGAACCCAAAGAUUCAGAUUCUGCAGAUUUAAGUUUCAAAUGUUCAUCGGCUACACAAAUAUCGUCAAGUGGUGUUUCAUCAAAUGGAGAAACUGAUAAUCUUGGCCCAACUUUUGUAGCUGAAACUGAUUCUAGUGCUUCAUUCACUAGUUUUAGUGACACCAUUCCAAUAAAAAUUGAUGAUCAAUCUCCAAAUACAACAUUUAAUAGUAAUAAUAAAUGUGUAUCAAUAACUGGGUCUCCAAAAGCAGCUGUCCCUGAAUGUUUGAACACUGAAGACAGAGAUAAAGCUACUUCUGAAGUACUUGUGGAAACAAACAGUGAGAAGAGCACUAAAUGUACCCAGAUUGCUAUUUUUUCUCAAGGAACUAAUACUGAGGACUCAACUAACUCUCCCAAUAUAAUUACUGUUUCACAAAGUACUAACACUGAUGACUCAUCUAACUCUCCCAAUAUAAUUACUGUUUCACAAAGUACUAACACUGAUGACAAUAUAAAUAGUGAAUCUGAAGAUACAUUUGGUCCAGACUCCAAUAGUAAUUUCAAAAUGUCUGAUAUGGUUGAAAAAUUAAAUCAGCAACAGGCUGAAAUAUCAGACUUGAAACUUAAACUGAAUGCAGCUCAACAACACAAUGCUUCUUUAGAAUUGCAAAUUCGACAAAAUGAAGAAAUUGUUAUUAAGGCACAAGCAGAAGCAAUAAGAACUGAACAAACGUAUCAACAAGAAGUCAAGCAGCUUAAACAAAAAAUAAAUGAAAAUUCCAAAAUAAUUGAGAAAGAUAGGAUUCAGGAAUUGGAGGAACAGUUGAAAGAAGCUAAAGCAAGGGAAGCAAAACUUUUAGCUGAACUUUCUCAAAAAACCAAAGAUGAUGUGAAUUAUCAGAAAAUCAUGAACCAAUAUGAAAUUACUUUAAAGAACAGGAUUGCCGAACUUAAGAAAUUACAGGAAGAACAUGAUACUACGAGGACUCAUUUGACAAAUUUGGAACUGGCUUUCUCUGAUGUGCAUUCCAAAUAUGAAAAAACCAAGGCUGCGCUUCUAGGUGUAAAAGCAAAUGAAGAAAGCUUACUUCACAACUUGGAGGUAGCUCAGUCAACAAACAUUCAGCAUGAAGAACGAUAUGAAUCACUUAAAGCCCAUGCCAGAAUCCAAAUAGAAAAAUCAAAUAAAGAGAUUCAUGAUGCUAAAGAACAGCACGAACAGGAAAUCAGCAAAUUAAAAGCAUUUGUCCGAAGAUUAGAAAUUAAAGUCAGCUCUUUAGAAGUAUCCCUAAAACAAAAGUCAGCAGAAUGUGAACAGCUCUCUAACCUUUGUGAUGAAGUUACAGGGAAGAAAGUGUAAUCGAAUUGAGUUAAUUUUCUUGUUAGUGAGUGAACCCAGUCAACAUUUUUUAUUUCAAGAACUUGUUAGUUGUGUUGAAUUUUUUAUUAAUAAUCUGUAUAUGGAAAAUUUAUUAUCGACGUGUAUACUAUCGCUACUUUCAAUUCUAAUGUAAUUAUUUGCUAAAACGACUAGAUUGAAAAUAUUAUUGGUCCUUUAGAUGCUAUAUAUUUAGGUUAACGUAUAAACAUUUAUAACUUAGAUUAUAAUAUAUUUAUCAUUCUGGCUUAUAUCUCUAACUUGAAUGGCGGGAAGAUUUUCUAUAUGCAGAUUUAUCUAUUCAAGUGUAAUAUAUUGCAGAUAUUACUUAAAUAAUUUUUUAUAUAAUUCCAUUAAAAUAGAAAAGGUGAUUAACUUUUUGCUCAGCAGAGUUGCUUAUAAAAUAUAUUUUUUGAUGGCAUAUUAGUUUGAAAUGGUUCAAUAACCCAUAUCUAUGUCUUUACUAAUUGCAAUUUCAUAUUUAACUUCUGCGUGAUAUAACCAAGUGGAAACGUCACCUAACAACCUUGAAAACUACUUAAAGCUCUCUUCCAUUUGGUUUAUUAGUGGAUUGAGAUUGAAUUAAGUAUUAAUAGAAACUGUCUAAUGAAUUAUUAAUAAUAUUAAACUUAACACAAAUUUUAAACCACAUUUAAUAUAUAUAUAUUGCAAUCUGUAUACUUGAAACGCUGAUUUUAUUUUAUUUGUUCGGUGUUACUAGUUGGCUAAUUUCUACAGCAUUGCGACUACCAAUCAUCAGUUAUUUUAUGAAUAUAUAGGGGUCUAUUCUUUAACCAACCAGUGGUUAUAUUUAACCACAGUGUAUAACCAUUUUUCGUAUUCUAUAAUCAAAACUUUGGUCGUACAUGUAACCAACAGCGGUUAUAGUGUUGUUAUAGUAUUAUUUGUAUCGACAAGGUGUAAGAAUAUAGAAUAAUUUAAUUACAAUAACAUUUUAUUUUGAGAUUAAAUAGUUACUCUAGGAAACUUUAUUGAUCGACAUGAAAAGAGGUGACGGUAAAUAAUAAAUUUUAUGUUUAUAAUCUUCAGAUUACUUUCCAUAUUUAUCUUUUAGCAGUGAAGCACGUGUAAUGAACUGAAAUUUGCGAGAUAUGAGCGACGUGUUUCAACAUCAUAAAAACGUUAACUAUCAUUUUUAUCCCAACGUGAAUAUCCUGGACUCUGAGAUCAAACCCUGUUAUGAUAAAAGAACUUCCUUACUACAAUUUUAUUUUAUUUUAAUGAUUCUUCUUUCGUCACUUUCAUAUUUUGGUUAUUUGAUACAUUAGUAAUAUUGUGUUAUGUAUCAAUUUUAUAAAUUAUAGAAAAACUCAACAGGCCCUAAAGGUACAUGGCUUGGAGUCGAUCUACUGUUUUCCUCCAUUUAUUUUUGUUCAUGGCUGCUUCAUGCCAGUUCUCUUUUCUAUCCUUUCUAGAUCUUCUCUACAUGCUUCUAUCCAUUGUUUUCGUGGACUUCUUUAUCGCUCCUCACCUCAAUAAGGAUAUUUUCACCCAACUAUCUUCGUCCAUUCUGGCUAUAUGCCCCAACCAAUGGAGCCAUUUCCUAAUGACCACAUAUUCCAUCUCAUCUUGACCAUACGUGCUUUGAUUUCUGUGUUCGUUCUUCUUCUCCGUUGUUUUCUUUUUUGUUCAUAGUCCAUAGCUAUAAUUUAGACUGUAUAAAACUCUUUAUUGUAGCAAAGUAACAAUUUCGAAGAUCAUAAUCUUUCUUCUGGUACUUCAUUACUAAUUGCUAGGAAAUUCUUAUUCGCAAAAUUUGAAUUUAUAGACUGUAAAAUUAGAUAUAAACUAUUGUAACACCAUAUUUUUUAUUAAUUUUCAGUAUUAAUUGUUGUUUCAACAUUCAUCUAGGGAUGUUUGUUGUGUUUUCGUUUUUUAGCGUUACGAAGAGAUGCCAUUGUUGACAGAACGUUUGCUCUCCGUUUUGGCUGGUCUUCAGUUACUUAAAAUGUUUAAGAUACCAGUUGUAUUAUAAUCACUCUAAUAUAUGAAUGUUCCAAUUCUCAUGUAGUUUUAAAUGCUAGUGAUAUUAGAAUAUUUAUUUAUAUUUUUGGUAUGCGGCCAUAAUUAUAAUAUAAAUGUUAUAUAGGACGUGUAGAUUUAAUUGAUUUGGUGUAGUAUUUGGAAUUCUUCUCAGCUCUCAAGUCUCUUGAAAUCAUUAACUUGGAAUAAGACUACUCCCGUAAAAUUUGUACAGAAUGUAUGAUACCAAAGAACUAUGUAAUAAGUAAAAGAAUAAGACUUGUUUACAAAAAGGAAUAUAGAAAAAUAUGAAAUCUAGAAACUUGACAAAUAUCCAAUGUCAAAAUUUUAUACUAAGAGAGUAUUAGAGCCAAAUACAAAUUAAGUAGUUGUAGGAGUUUAGGAAGAUGACGUUUUUUUCGUAAAUUUCCGUUUUUAGUGAUCUAUAAAUGCAGAUUCGCGUAGUGCAUUUCCCAUGAAUUGCUACACAUCACUUCCCGUUACCAAUAACUUUUCUACUCUUUUAGUUGAUGUAAUCUGUACUGCCAUAAUCAUUCUGAUGCAAUUGAUUUCACUUUAAAGUUGGGGUUCAUACUCAUGCUAAGGUAUUGUGCCAUUGUAAUUUCUUCCUAUCAUAUGUAGAUCUAUGAAGGUACAGAAUUUGAUUGCAAUACAUUUCCGUCCAACUUUUGUUUUCCAUAAAAUAGUUGAUCCUCUUUGAAAGAAUGUCUUUGCCAAUUAAUUUUUGUUUAUUCAAUGAAAUUUUUUUUCCAAAUUUAUAUUAAGUAUCUUGUAUCAAGUUUGAUUUCCCAGUAGUUAUCUUCUAUUUUAUCUACCAUUUUGUAUUUUCCAUACUUUUCCCGUUGAAUAAAUUUACACUCGUUCUUACAUACUUUGUCAUUACUACUUUCCCCAAUGGGUCUGGAACGAUGUCGGGUUUAAGUUUUUAAAUGAUUGGUCACGCCGUAAUAUAAAUUUUGCAAUUUAACGCACGUAUCUGGUACUCAUAAUAGCGCUGAUAUAAAUUUUUAAAAGUAAUAUUUUUACUCUUUCCUCAUUUCUUCAUGCAACGCGCCAAUCGCUUGCUUACGUCACCAGCGCCGAUCGAGUUUCGCCCGACAAGCAGCAUCCACACCACGUUGUUUUGUUUUACCAUCCUAUCCCGUAGUAUUAGUUGUAUUUUUGUUAAGUCAAGUUAAGCCUAGAUCGACAAAGGUUCGUUAUAAAUAUGUACCAACACCACUAAUUAAAGUAAUUUUAAAUAUCCCUAAGGGAGAAAAAUUGCGGAAAAAAUGGUGUGAUGUAAUGAAAAAGGACAGUAAAAGUUAUACUGUUUUAUAAAGUACAAGUGAUCGGUUUUGUUGUGAAGAUCAUUUCGAGGUAAAUAGGUACUUUCAUUUUUUUCAUAGCAUAUUCAAAACUCAAAACUUACGAUACAGGUUAUGUUACUUAUUUUUGUAACAAUAAUUAAUGUAGUAGUUUUAAGGUGUUACUUAUGAUUUGAGUUUUUUUGUUUUUUUGUAUUUGCGUGAAUAUUCUUAAGGAAAAAAAGAAUCACCACCGGUUUUUCAGAACUAAUAAUCUUUAGAAUUCACGUUUAACAUGGAGCAAAUUUGAUCCCUAGAGUAUUUUUAUAAGUAAAAAAUAAAAUCGUCAAAAUGUGGUAUGGAAGGUAAGUUGGAGACACCUUUUGCUAGUUAUGAGGCAUUAACUAAAUUAAAUUAAUAAAAUCUAGGGGUACUAACAUUUCAAACAUAACAAAAAAAUAGUUUUUCCAUACCUCAUUUUAUUUUGUGAUGAAAAUUCGACACUUUUUUACUCUAACACCAUAAGUCCAACAAAAUCGAAGCCGAAUUUGCUCAUUUGUAGCAAAAUAAGUAGCCAUUGCAACGGAGUCUAUUUGGGGCAAGCCUGAAUAACCACGAAAAAACCCCUGCUCCAUUUUGAUCAACAAAUCAAUUCUGUCGUCAAAAUAGCGCUUUAGCCAGUAGCAUUUUGUCAAACCGGCUGUUCUCUUACAAAAUCGGCGCUGUUGACGUAGUACCACUAGUAUUUGGAACGGAUCUGGGCGAUAUCAAAUGUAUCCAGACUUCUAAGCUUCGUACGUUUGUCAAUAGAAAUCCUAUCGAAAUAAGCACCUUUAUUUUUGUGAAAUUAAGUUUUAUUUAUUGUCAUUAGAAAAGAAUAUACUGUUUUUUUAAAUUUUCCAAACCCAUUCUUGAAAUCCUCAUUUCAAAUAGCGGUAUUUUAAAAAAUAUAUCGGUAAGGGGAUCAAGGGGACCAAAACUCACAAAUCAGAGCAAGAAAACGGAAAUCUCUCUGAACUUUAUUACAAUAAUUUGCAUAUGUUCGACUUUUUAUAACCAAUGUAUAUCUGUGUUAACCUAUCUCCCAACAGUGAAACGUUAUUUAUAAUGUAAUUGAUCUAGCAUUACAUAUUUAUGUUUGCAAAAUGAGCAUUCACAUGUUGAAUAUUAAAAAAAUUUUUCGUGGUAUUUGUUGUAUUAUUUGAAAUAAAAAAAAUGUUUUCGCGCUAUACGGGAUGUCUUACUGGUUGAGACUUGUUGACAGAAUAAUAAGGAAUUGUAUACUAAAUACUGCACUGAUAAAAAGUUACUCUAAUAUUUAUUAAAUAUGUGUAUAUCCCAACGUGAUUCUUAUUUUACUUACACUUACAGGAACUAUUUAUAUUGAAUGUUCUAUUUAGGACUGAUUUGUAGGAGAAUUCCGAUUUUGGUGAUUUAAAAUUUUAUUAUCAAAGCGCCGAAUAAAAAAAUAGAAUGAUCGAUACCGGAAGGCGUAAAAUAUCCUUAACGAUUUACUGGAAAAUAUAUUUUAGGUGAAUAAAUGUAUACAAAAAAAUUGUCCAUUAAAAUUAGGUAGUUGGUAAUUUUCUAGUGACUUAUUUUUUUUUAAAUUGUCUUAACAGGGUUGCCCCAGUGACAAGAAAUCUUCAACGCAAGAUAUACUUUUUCAGGAUAACGGAUGUGGAUAAUUUUUUGACAAAAUUUAUACUCUUAAUCUCCAAAUACAAUAAUAUCAAAUUGUUCUCAAUUUAUUUAAAAAACGAUUCAAAGUUUGAAAAUUCUGUCCAUAUGUCUAGAAGAGCUUAUAUAAAUAAUCCAAAUAUUUUUUUGGCUUUUGCUACUAAUGUAAAAUAACAAUAUUAAAGAAUUGUUGGUAUGUAUUUAAAAAUUUCAUUCAAUUGGCAGAAAGACUAAAUAAUGAAUGGAAAUCCUCAAUUUCUCCUUCAGAUCUUAGAUAUAUUGUGAAUCAUAAUGUGUAAAUAUUAUCUGCACUUGAAAUAUUUUCAUUAAAUUCUGUAACUA